CAGGCGGAGCCCAUGGGGUGUGGUGAGAACACCCAGCCAGGCCUGAUCCCAGGAGCGGAGCGUUGUGAGGGACAGCAGUGUGUGAAGAGGAGCCCGGAGGGCACUGAGGCAGCCAUGGGGCUGCUGAGCGGGGAUACACUGUGGCCCGUGGCUGUGGCCCUGGCCAUCUUUCUGCUCCUGGUGGACCUGAUGCACCGGCGCACACGCUGGGCCCCCUGCUACCCGCCCGGCCCCUUGCCGCUGCCUGGGCUGGGCAACCUGCUGCAGCUGGACUUCCAGGACCUUCCUCACAGCAUUAGCCAGUUGCGGUGCAGCUUCGGGGACGUGUUCAGUGUGCAGAUGGCCUGGAAGCCCAUGGUCGUGCUCAAUGGACUGGCAGCUGUGCGCGAGGCACUGGUGGACUGCGGCGAGGACACAGCCGACCGCCCACCAAUGCCCCUCACAGAGCUCCUGGGAUUCGGGCCCCACUCCCAAGGGGUGAUCCUGGCCCACUACGGGCGCGCCUGGCGUGAGCAGAGGCGCUUCUCUGUGUCCACCAUGCGCAACUUGGGCCUGGGCAAGAAGUCACUGGAGCAGUGGGUGACCGAGGAGGCCUCAUGUCUCUGUGCCGCCUUUGCUGACCACCUUGGCCUCCCCUUUAGCCCCAGUGUGCUCCUGAAUAAAGCGGUGAGCAAUGUGAUCACUUCGCUCACCUUCGGGCGCCGCUUCGAGUACAACGACCUGCGCUUCCUCAAGCUAUUGGACCUAUCAGAGGAUGUAAUGAAGGAGGGCACAGGAUUCCUGCACCAGGUGAUGAACAUGUUCCCCGUGCUUCGGCACAUCCCAGGGCUGUCUGGCAAGGUCUUCCAAGGUCAGAAAGCCUUCCUAUACCUGGUGGAUGAGUUGAUUGCCGAAAAUAGGAUCACCCGAGACCAGGACCAGCCACCCCGAGACCUGACUGACGCCUUCCUGGAUGAGGUGGAGAAGGCCAAGGGGAACCCCGAGAGCAGCUUCAGUGAGGAGAACCUGCGCCUGGUGGUGGCUGACCUGUUCUCUGCCGGGAUGGUGACCACCUCAAUCACGCUGACCUGGGCCCUGCUGCUCAUGAUCUUGCACCCGGAUGUGCAGCGCCGUGUCCAAGAGGAGAUCGAUGAGGUGAUAGGGCAGGUGCGGCGACCGGAGAUGCAGGACCAGGCACGCAUGCCCUUCACCAUGGCCGUGGUCCAUGAGGUACAGCGCUUUGGGGACAUCAUCCCACUGAACUUGCCCCACAUGACAACUAAGGACAUUGUCGUGCAAGGCUUCCUCAUCCCCAAGGGGACGACGCUCAUCACCAACCUGUCGUCAGUGCUGAAGGACGAGACCGUGUGGGAGAAGCCCUUCCGCUUCCACCCCGAGCACUUCCUGGACGCCCAGGGGCGCUUCGUCAAGCAGGAGGCCUUCAUGCCCUUCUCAGCAGGCCGCCGCUUGUGUCUAGGGGAGCCCCUGGCCCGCAUGGAGCUGUUCCUGUUCUUCACCUGCCUCCUGCAGCGCUUCAGCUUCUCGGUGCCCGCUGGGCAGCCCCGCCCCAGCGACCACCGUGUCACUACGUUCAUAGUGACCCCAUACCCUUACCAGCUGUGUGCUGUGAUCCGCUAGUGAGGGAUACUAACUCUCAGCCUGCUCCCCAGCGGUGUUCUUUGUACAAUAAACCAGUCUGGGGAUGACCAA